CCGGUGGAUGGUGAUCUGGGUAUCUCCAGAUCAGCAACGCCGACGAUGGAGACUAUCAUCUAAUGGUCGGAAGUACAGGGAUAGCUCAGGUGAACAUCCAUCGCGCCAAGGCGGCCUCGGCUGUGCUGGCAAGGAUGUUCACCAAACAACAUCUUGGGCUAGCCCUGGUACAGAACCCUGGUAUAACCAGGGCUGUACGUUAAGAACGCCAAGAAUUUCUCACGCAGGACUGUGUACCGAUCGUGGUAGAAGCCAAGCCAUGUGGGAGCAGCCAAGAAGACUGUGGUGGCAUCGGUAUACUUUGCCGGUGACGAGGCGUGCCCACCGCCCGAAAUCACUGCACUGGCAGAAUACUGCAAGAGGACACACUCACCCAUCAUCAUCGGAUGUGAUGCAAAUGCACAUGGGGCAGCAGCGAAGUGAAUCAAAGAGAAGAGAGUUGCUAGCCGUAGAGAUCUCCGCUCUCUCGCUCUUGAGCAAAAAUUCGAGCGACACUAAAGCCACCUCUAGAGCCAGCCCUAAAAAAUAGUGGGAAAAAAUUUUUUGCGAUACGCAUCUUGUUAUUCUAGUGUCUUUGCUUUAACCAUAAAAAUCAGCACCAGCGCUUGUUAAGGAGGCCUCCAUCACAUGCAGCAACGGUGAGUCAUUUUUGCAUCUUUGACUUAUAAAAAUUGCACCCGUGUAAUUAUAUACAUAUUUAGGAGAAGCGGAGCGCGUCUUUUCUUUCACUUCAGCUGUGCAGCACAGCAAGUCGCCUGUUUGUUGUGCGUUCUAUCGUUCUCACCAGGAUAAUUUACUCAAGCGUCGCUCUCCCGAUGCUUUUCUUCUAUUGCUCAACUUAACUCAUUUAUUUCAUCAACCUUACUUUGACUCCACGAAACUCUACAAAAAACAACAGGUGUCAUGCUCAUUUGAAUUCACACACAUAUGAUGCUCACACAAUAACGGAACGCUUUCCGUGAAUUUAAUUAUUCGCUGCUUAUUCUUAAUAUAACGGAUUGAUAACAUAAUUUCGGUUACAUUCAAAAAUAAUACGUUAGACCUACUCAAUCUCCGACAUAUAUAUGUAUAUAAAGAGCAUAACACAUACACUGCGCGUCACCAGGUUAGAGCCCCUUAAGCCCCCAAAAAUCAUUUAGGGAAGAUAUUUAGAAAUCUGUUUGAGCGAGAGCUUUGGACAUUUUUUUCCCUUUAAAGUUUACUUGUUUUUAAUAAAAUUGGCUAUAGUUCUUUCGGUCUUUUCUGCAAUUUUAUGACAACACGGCCCACAUUUAUAGAAAGCUAACAGCAUUCCUCUACCCACCUUUUUCGUAAAAUUAAAGCAAACCUUUCAAUUUAACAACAUAAAAAAUGUUGUUGUCCUACCUUUCAAAUUAUGGAAGAUAUUCAAAACUGCAUUGGGUGGCGCUAAUU